AUGGCUCUACAACAACAAUUACGUAAUGUAGAUCCAAAUAUUUGGCUACAAUUUGCUAGAGAUUCUUUCACAGUUCCUAAACUCCAUUCUAGAGUUUAUUAUUUUCCUCCUGGUCAUUUAGAACAUUCUCCUGUAACCCCUACCACUCAAACUCUCUCCCUCCUCCGCCCAUUCAUUCUUUGCACUGUCUCCUCCAUUGAUCUCCUUGCAGAUCCUCUAACUGAUCAAAUCUUUGCAAAACUACUCCUCACUCCCGUCAUUGACGCAACUGUUGUUCCUCCUGUCGAGGCUGUCAACGAAGAAGACAAUGCUGAUCAUGUUGUUUCCUCUGCCAAGACUCUAACUACGACUGACGCUAACAAUGCAUGUGGAUUCUCUGUACCUAAGGCCUGCGCCAACUCAAUCUUUCCGCCGCUUGACUUGACAACUCCAUGGCCGUCUCAAGAACUCUCCAUCACUGAUGUUUGCGGUGUUGUAUGGACUUUUCAACAUGUCUAUCGCGGGAAUCCCAAGCGAUACCUAUUCACCACUGGCUGGAGUGCAUUUGUUAACAAGAAGACACUAGUCGGUGGUGAUACCCUUGUUUUCAUUAAAAACUCGGCUGGAAACAUAUUUGUUGGUAUCCGCCGCCAAAAUGCUGCUAAAAAAAUAAUAGAAAAGAACGCUAACAAUGCAGUAGAAUUGGCUGGGAAGAACGAACCAUUUGAAGUCAUGUGUUAUCCGACGAUUGAUGGUUUUGAUUUUGUGGUGGAAGAUAAAGUUGUGGAAGAUGCAAUGAAGAUUCAUUGGAAUCCAGGAAUGAGAGUUACACACACAGUGAAGGGAGGCUCAACUUUUCAUGGGACAAUAUCUGCAAUCUCCUAUCCUUCAACUCAUCCAUGGCGCACGCUACAGGUUGAAUGGAAUGAACCUAACGUCUCGGAGAAUCUAAAGCAUGUAAGUCCGUGGCAGGUGGAACCUGAUUUUAGCACACCUCUACUGCAUCAACUAUUCCCCCCAACAAAACGGCUAAGAGCUGCUCAAGAAUCUGCCAUACUAAGUGAUACCGAAAGAAUUUCUGCUAUUUCAAAGGUAGAACUCAGUAACUUUUUAAUGAAAUCCUUGAAUCAAACACCAUUGGAUUUCGAUGGCAUGCAGGGAGUCAGGCAAAAUCAUAUUUUGGGAUCCAAUUCUUCCAACUCUUUGAAAGAUACUUCAUUUGAGAAAAGUUCAUUGAAAGGGACUUAUAAUGUGUCAAAUGAGAUAAACACUACCAGUCAUAUAAUACUAUUUGGUCAGAUCGUGCGUCCCGCUGAAAAAAGUUUUGAUGAUUAUGCUAUUAAGCGAGAUGAUGGUCCUGAGAUGCGCAAUGAAGUUGAAGAUCAAGUCAAAGCUGUUGAAAAAAAUAGCUCGACAAGUUUUUAG